AUGAACAAUGAAACCACAACACUGAUAUCCUUGAAGGAGGCAAUGAAAAGAGUAGACGACAAACUCCAAGCUUUAGAAGCACAAUUCAAAGAACUGGACUUCGCCAAGGAUAAUCUGACACAGAAAUUUGAAUAUCAUAGCCAGACUUUGGCAAGCCAGGCAGCCCAAGAAGAGAUGUGGAGAGCAGUUCUGGCCCUCAAGUUCACUUCAGUGGAACUGAAUAUUUUGUACAGCUAUGUCAUUGAAGUACUCAUCUGCUUACACACUUGUGUACUUGAGAAGCUGCCAGACCUGGUGAGAGGUCUUCCUACCUUAGCCUCUGUCCUGAGACGGAAAGUCAAGAACAAGCGCAUCGGAGUUGUGUGGGAGUCUGUCCUGGAGGAGUUUGGGCUGCAAGAAGGAGAUAUCAUAGCACUGUGUACCUUCUUUAUUGCACACGGUAACAAGGCAGAGCACUACCCUGCUAAAGUGAGACAGACGUCCAUCAGGGACGUCACUUUACUGAUCACUACCAUGGUGAAGAACCAGGCUCUGCAGGAUGGUUUGCUGAGGGCUGUUCAGGUAACUGAGAAGGGGAAAGCAGCCAGGGCCUCCAAAGAGCAAAAGUCAUCCCUAAAAGAGUUGAUACCAUCAGUUAAAAACUAA